AUGGAGACUAUCGGUAGAGCCUACAUCAGAGAAGAGCAGGAUCACCUGAAAGCGAGCCUAGCAACCGCCGGCGCAGUCAAGAUUCAGGAUGCCAAUAACCCUUACGACGCGCUUAGGGUGCAAUUGGCCCCCACUAACGCAGAGAUGCUAACUCCCACCUCACCGGGCUAUGGGGAAAGCAUCAAGAGAUGGAGUGAUACGUCUGAGAAGAAAGCUGCAGCCGUAAUCCGGCCCACGUCAGCAGACGAAGUCUCUGUCAUCGUCAAAUUUUCUGCAGCUCAAAAGAUUCCCUUCGUCGUCUGCGGCGGCGGCCACUCCACGAGCUCCGCGUCCGCCAGCGAAGGCGGAAUCGUGAUCGACCUCUGCAAGAUGCGGAACGUCAGUGUGGAACCGGCCGCCAUGACUGUCGCCGCAGAAGGCGGCUGCACAUGGGAAGACGUUGAUGCCGCUGCGGCGCAGCACGGCCUCGCGACUGUGGGCGGCACAGUCAACCACACUGGCGUUGGCGGCCUGACGCUCGGCGGUGGCUACGGAUGGUUGACGCCGCGCCACGGCCUUGCAAUCGACAACCUCCUUAGCGCGACCAUGGUCCUUGCCGACGGACGCAUCGUCACCGCGUCCGAGCACUCACAUCCUGACCUCUUCUGGGCCAUUCGAGGCGCGGGCGCGAGUUUCGGUGUCGUCACGGAGUUCCUCUUCCGCGCGCACCCCCAGCCCAACCCAGUCUACGCCGGCCUGCUCAUUUUCCCGCCAUCAGCUCUCCCGGACAUUGUUGAAUUCGCCAACGCGUUCCAUGCUAAGACGGACGGCGACCAGGGGAUGGUGAUUGCUUUGAGCAGCCCGCCGCCCACCAACGCGGCCGUCGUGAUCUGCGCCCUCUUCUACAACGGGCCCGCUUCCGCAGGUAAAGCCUUCUUCGCGCCCUUGCUCGAGCUCGAGGCCCUAGGAAACCACAUCGAUCCAGCCAUGCCGUGGCCGCUCGUCAACACGAUGAUCAACGCUGUGUCCACAUAUGGCGGCCGCAAGAUCUUUGGCGGUUCCAGUUUCCGCAUGCCGCUGACGCUGGACUUUAUGCAGGCGCUGCUGAAAAAACUGACAGGCUUCUGCGACUCGCACGAGGGCGUUGGCGAGAGCGUCGUCGCGCUGGAGAUACUAUCGUAUGACAAAGUGCGUGCUGUCAGUAACGAAGCCAUGGCGUUUUGCAACCGCGGGGACUACUACCAGGUCGGUACAGUUUUCAAGUGGCACGAUCCCGCGCUCGACGAGGAGGUUCGCGUGUUUAACCGCGAAUUUAAUCGCUGGGUGAGGGAGGCAGGCGGGCUGGGGAAUGACAAGGAAGGUGUGGGUGUGUACGCCAACUACAUCAUGCACGGAGCAUCUCCGGAGGAAGUAUUUGGCCGCAAUGCGGCCAGGCUGCAGGAACUGAAGUGUGUAUACGACCCAGACAAUCUGUUCAAUAAGUGGCACAACUUGAAACGUAGCCGUUAG